AUGAGCGCGCGCCUGCCGCCCUUCCUGCGCCGGCUUCGCGGUCCGCCGCGGCCCCCGGGCCCGCCGCUCCGCCUCCGAGCGCCCUGUCGCGCCAGCAGCAGCGGCGGCGGCGGCGGCUGUGGCGGCGGGGAGGGCCUGCUUGGGCAGCGGCGGCUGCGGGACGCCCAGGUCGGGAGCAGCCGCGGCCAGGGCAGCCAGGCGCCCCCGGCCCGGCACUCGCUCGUCAGAGAAGUCAUUCGGAAUUCAAAAGAGGUUCUGAGUUUAUUGCAAGAAAAAAAUCCUACCUUUAAGCCGGUGCUUGCUAUUAUUCAGGCAGGUGAUGAUAACUUGAUGCAGGAAAUAAACCAGAAUUUGGCGGAAGAGGCUGGUCUGAACAUCACUCACAUUUGCCUUCCUCCAGAUAGCAGCGAGGCCGAGAUCAUAGAUGAAAUCUUGAAGAUUAAUGAAGACGCCAGAGUACACGGCCUUGCCCUUCAGAUCUCCGAGAGCUCCUUUAGCCACAAAGUCCUCAAUGCCUUGAAACCAGAAAAGGACGUGGAUGGAGUAACAGACAUCAACCUGGGGAGGCUGGUCCGUGGGGAUGCCCAUGAAUGUUACGUCUCACCUGUGGCCAGAGCUGUAAUUGAACUUCUUGAAAAGUCAGGUGUCAACUUAGAUGGAAAGAAGAUCUUGGUAAUAGGAGCCCAUGGGUCUUUGGAAGCUGCCCUGCAAUGCCUGUUUCAAAGAAGAGGGUCCAUGACCAUGAGCUCCCAGUGGAACACGCCUCAGCUUCAAAGCAAGCUUCAUGAGGCUGAUAUUGUGGUCUUGGGCUCUCCCAAGCCAGAAGAGAUUCCCCUUUCUUGGAUACAACAAGGAACAACGGUUCUCAACUGUUCCCAUGACUUCCUGUCAGGGAAGCUUGGAGGUGGUUCCCUCGGGGCACAUUUUAAUGGUCUCAUUGCCGAGGACGAUGUGAGUCUCCUCGCUGCCGCUCUGCGGAUUCAGAACAUGGUCAGCAGCGGACGGAGAUGGCUACGUGAACAGCAGCACGCCAGGUGGAGACUUCACUGCUUGAAACUCCAGCCUCUCUCCCCCGUCCCAAGUGAUCUUGAGAUUUCAAGAGCACAGACUCCAAAAGCCGUGGAUGUCCUUGCCAAGGAGAUAGGAUUGCUUGCAGAUGAAAUUGAAGUCUAUGGCAAAAGCAAAGCCAAAGUACGUUUGUCCCUGCUGGAAAGGUUAAAGGAUCAAGCAGAUGGAAAAUACGUUUUAGUAGCUGGGAUCACACCCACCCCUCUCGGGGAAGGGAAAAGCACCGUGACAGUUGGGCUUGUACAGGCACUGACUGCACACCUGAACAUCAACUCCUUUGCCUGCCUCAGGCAGCCUUCUCAAGGGCCAACUUUUGGAGUUAAAGGGGGCGCUGCAGGUGGAGGAUAUGCCCAGGUCAUCCCCAUGGAAGAGUUCAACCUUCACUUGACCGGGGACAUCCACGCCAUCACUGCUGCCAAUAACCUCCUGGCCGCCGCUAUUGACACGAGGAUUUUUCAUGAAAACACUCAAACCAAUAAGGCGCUGUAUAAUCGACUCGUUCCUUCGGUGAAUGGUGUUCGAGGGUUUUCAAGCAUUCAGCUUGCUCGGCUGAAAAAACUGGGAAUAAAUAAGACAGAUCCCAACGCUCUGACGGAAGAGGAAAUCGGGAAAUUCUCCCGUCUCAACAUCGACCCCUCCACCGUCACGUGGCAGAGAGUAUUGGAUACAAAUGACCGAUUUCUACGAAAAAUAACGAUUGGGCAGGCCCCCACCGAGAAGGGCUAUUCCCGGCAGGCACAGUUUGACAUUGCAGUGGCCAGCGAGAUCAUGGCCGUGCUGGCCUUGACUGACAGCCUGGCGGACAUGAAGGAGCGGCUGGGAAGAAUGGUGGUGGCCAGUGACAAAAGUGGGCAGCCUGUGACAGCGGAAGAUUUGGGAGUCACGGGUGCCUUGAUGGUUUUGAUGAAAGAUGCAAUAAAACCGAAUCUGAUGCAGACCCUGGAGGGGACACCUGUAUUUGUGCAUGCCGGCCCCUUUGCUAACAUCGCCCAUGGCAACUCUUCAGUGUUGGCUGAUAAAAUCGCCCUGAAACUGGUUGGUCAAGAAGGAUUUGUAGUAACUGAAGCUGGCUUUGGUGCUGAUAUCGGGAUGGAGAAAUUUUUCAACAUCAAGUGCCGAGCUUCUGGCCUGGUGCCCAACGCGGUCGUGCUGGUGGCGACGGUGCGAGCUCUGAAGAUGCACGGAGGCGGGCCGAGCGUAACUGCUGGGGUCCCGCUAAAGAAAGAGUACACCGAGGAGAACAUCCAGCUGGUGGCAGACGGCUGCUGUAACCUUCAGAAGCAGAUCCAGAUUGCUCAGCUCUUCGGGGUCCCCGUUAUCGUGGCUCUGAAUGUCUUCAAGACCGACACCCGCGCCGAGAUUGACUUAGUUUGUGAGCUCGCGAGGAGGGCUGGAGCCUUUGAUGCGGUCCCCUGCUAUCACUGGGCCGUCGGCGGGAAGGGGUCCGUGGAGCUGGCUCGGGCUGUGAGGGACGCCGCCAACAAGGGCAGCCGCUUCCGGUUCCUGUAUGACGUUCAGCUCCCAAUUGUAGAAAAGAUAAGAACCAUUGCGCAGACUGUGUAUGGAGCCAAAGAUAUCGAACUGUCUCCUGAGGCACAGUCCAAAAUAGAUCGUUACACGCAACAGGGAUUUGGAAAUUUGCCCAUCUGCAUGGCCAAGACCCACCUUUCUCUGUCUCACCAGCCUGAUAAGAAAGGCGUACCCAGAGAUUUCAUUUUGCCCAUCAGUGAUGUCCGGGCCAGCAUAGGCGCGGGGUUCAUCUACCCUUUGGUUGGAACGAUGAGCACCAUGCCGGGACUGCCGACCCGGCCCUGCUUCUAUGAUAUAGAUCUUGAUACAGACACCGAGCAAGUUAAAGGCUUGUUCUAAAUGAACCCAGCUUCUGCAGGACCUGACUCAGAAUUAAAGCUGGCAGAGUGCCCGUCCUUACUCAUAUGGCCGCACUGUAAGGCACACAACCCCCGUCGCGGCCCACAGCGGACGCCUGCGACCACGGACAGCACCGCACACCGGGUAUGACGUGCUCUCGCGGGCGCGGGCUCGCACGUGCUCGAGUUUCAUUGACAACGAGGCGCAGUAAGAGUUACCCGCCACAGCUCUAGCAACAGAGUCAUCGGAACAGAGCGCCGGAAUCGACAUUGACGCAUGUGCUCCUUCUCUCUCCGUCUCUCAAAAUACCUUAUUGUCCUGCCCUCGCCCUUCCUCAUGUGAUGAAGAUGAUAAAAUGACUCUGGCUGCGUGACGAGGUGACAUGAGGGCAGUGACGUAGGUGCAUGACAGAGCCCUAGGCUGCUGUUGACCUUCUGACCUGUGGGAGGCCUGUGUGCUCCAGACCGCAAGGCCGGCACAUAACCAAAGCCGAGGAAGGCGAAUCUGCCCCCGCAGGGGACUGCUGUGUCUGCGGUCAUUUUAAAAGCCGAACUCAAGCUUCCGACCAGCCCUCUCUUGGCACAGAAGCAGACUCCCUGACGGAGGAAUUGGGGUGCAUUCCUUCCCUGUGGGGCUGUUGUCACCACGUCACACGUCAGGACAGCUCAGAACAACAGGAGUGGCUUCUCCUGUGCUCUUGGAGGCUAGAAUCCGGAGUCAAGGUGGCAGCCUAGUCCUGCCCCCCCUGAGACUCUGGGAGAGUCCGCGCUGGCCUCUUCUCCCUCCUGGAAGCUGCCAGUAACCCUCGACGUCCCUCCGCUGAAGCCACACUGCUCCGUCUCCACCUGCACGGCCAAGGCCUACUCCCUGUGUGUCGCUCUGUCUUCCCGUGGGCUCCUGUCACAUGGAAUCAGGGCCCACCUCACUGACCGCAUCUUCACUCGGUGACAUCUACAGAGACCUUACCCGGCUCAGUCCUGGGGGUCAGGACUUUGGCCUGUCUAGUCGGGGACAAUCUAACCUGUAACACUCAGCGUAGACAUGACAGGGACACUCGGCUCUUACCCACCAGACAGACACAUGGAGACAGGACAGGUCCUCUAACGCAGAGGGCCCAGCGAGCCAUAGGAAGGACAGAGCAGCAGAAAUGAGACUCCUUGGCCUCUCAGGGUCCACACAGCCUAAGGGGACUGGGCCCAACUUGGAGGUCCCGUAGGCAGCCCUGAGCUGUGGGAGGUCCCUGGUCUUACUCCUGUCUCCCCCUCGGUCCUGCCGCCACACCUGCCGGCUCCUGUCCUCGCUUCCCUUCCUGAAGAGAAAUGGCCAGCCUCCCGGGCUGCCUGGAAGACUCCCCAUCAGCAGUUGUCAAGGCUUUUCUGCUUUUCUUCAUCCCAUACAUCAAACGUGUCCUCACCGUGUUCUCAAGCCACAUUCCUUUUCCCAAACGGCCCCCGUGCAGUCUCCGCGCUCACUCCUGUCGCUGUUCCCGAGCCCGGCACCCCUCCCUGCUGCGGGCACCCCGCGGGCCUGCCUGACGAGCUGACUUGACCUGAAGACCGUUUUCUCCGGUUGCCCGAGUGCUGGCCCUGAGCCAGGCAGACGGAAUUCUCACUUUCGUUGGCUUCACGGCCAGGAGUCCGCGUGGGGACGUGGCUUUCUUCUUGUGUGAGUCCUUGUCACUAACAGACGCCGGAGAGCUAGGCUGUGAUGAGAGGGGUAGCGACCGGACCUCUGUGAAAUCGCUUUAACCCCAGGCGCGCAAGUGUCUGCUGUCGGUGUGUGGUGUUUGGUGGUGACUACAUGUGUUUGUCACCGAGGAGCGGGGGCUGCGUUCACUUUGAACCACAACCACGGUUCAUAUUUGUGUCAGUUCGGAAAAAGAAAACUCCACCAAAGGAACCCCGGGGGACUGAUUUACCCAAGAAGCCUGUGGACGGGAGCCUGGAUGAUGGUGUCAUUUGGUCUUCGGGUGGCACUGUGUGUUUCACGUCCAGAACCCGUCAUGCUCUGCCGCUGCCGUGUGUCACUUCUCCCCAGAACAAGUGUGUGUCGCCCUUCGCCUCUCACGGACAGUACUUUCCCACCCUUGGGGUCCAUUUUCAUCUGUCCUCCAAGAAGGUGCUAAAAACCAAAUUAUGCCUUCAUCAUUGCAGUUAAGACUCGGGUAACACCCAGGGACACGUCCUUCGCUUUGCUGUCACGGACACUUAGAUCCUUAGGCUUGUGUUCCCUCGGCGUUUACUGAAAGCUCGGGGUUAGAGGCUCGGAGGUUGGCCUGUGCACAUCUCCUUGGCAUGCUGGGCCGGGUGCUAAGCCCCUCGCCUGGGUGGCCACAGCGCCCCCUGGAGGCAGGCGCUUCCCCUGCGCGCUGAGAGCCCGCAGCUGAGCAGUUGCCCCGACCCACAGGACCACAGGGCUCUUUCCCCUGCUCUGCCCGCCACUCCUCCCAUGGCUGGCACCGGUCGCCUCGCCUCCCUGUCGCAUGUCAUGCUGGCAUCAGUCCAGCGAGGUGAGCAGUUUUAUUUCGGUGCCACGAAAACUCUGGCCCGGGGAGGCCAGCAGCGUGCUCCCGCUGCACAGCUGAUAGACCUGAACGCCCAGGCUCCUCCAGGAUCUGCUCACUCGCUCACCCCGUCCUUACGGCCAGGCCAAAGGAUGCCCUCUGCGCCUCAGUCACAGAGUGAGGGAACUU